GGCGGGGCGGAGGGAGGGAGUCCAUCGUAAAGACCGCCUCAGAAGAAGCAGAAGUCUCCCGGCGAAGGAGAAGGAAGGAGCCCCGAGGAGGAGGAGAAGCGGAGAGGAGCCACGCCUGAGGUCUUCUGGAUGGUAUGGGUCACAACUGAUUUAAGAUGGAGAGGCUGCCACUGUUCAUAGAAGAGAGGACCGUACCUUUCACUAUUGCCAGACUUCUCAACAUGCGAACCUCCUAACUAAGCUCUCUGUACAAAGGAAUGUGAAACGGUGAACAAAAUGGAUCCAGCAUCUGGCACGAGAUUGAUUUUUGUCUCUGUGGAGGGAAUGACAUGCAAUUCUUGUGUAGAGUCUAUUGAAGCCCAGAUUGCAAAACUAAAAGGAGUUCAUAGUAUUAAAGUUUCACUCAGAGAUAAGAAUGCAGCCAUUAUUUACAACCCCAAAGAGCAAACUCCAGAAGCACUACGGGAAGCAAUAGAGGACAUGGGAUUUGUUGCUGUGCUUACUGACACAAACCCACAACCUGUUGUAGCAGACACUACGUUUCUCACAAUCCCUGCUCAGUCUACUUCAACCUGUGAAGAGAUCCGUAGCCGCCUCCUGAAGACCAAGGGCAUCUUAGAUGUGAAAAACUCCUCUGAUAAGAAAUCCCUAGUGGUUACAUUUGUCUCCGCUGUUAUCGAUGAAAAGCAGGUCAGCCAAAUAGUGCCAGGGUUAUGUUCGGAUAAUGUGCCACGUGAGAAAAGCCCUGGGACCUCUGAAGAUAUGAAUGCAUCCCAAACGGGGGAUGUGGCGCUGAGGAUAAAAGUCGAAGGAAUGACCUGCCACUCCUGCACUAGUACCAUCGAAGGGAAAAUUGGCAAGCUGCAAGGCGUCACACGAGUCAAAGUCUCCCUGGACAACCAGGAAGCCGCGGUCGUCUACCAGCCUCAUAUCAUCGCGGCCGAGGAAAUAAUAAACCAAAUAGAAGCUGCAGGCUUCAUGGCCUCCAUCAAGAAGCCGCCGAAACCCCUCAACCUUGGUGCUAUUGAUGUGGAGCGGCUGAAGAACACGCAGACCAAAUGCUCCUCCAGAGCGGCGCCAAAAAGUCCAGAGGACAGUCUCAAUCUGCAGACCAUCAGAUUCCGGGUCGAAGGCAUGCACUGCAAAUCCUGUGUCUUCAAUAUUCAGUCCAGCAUCUCAGCCCUCCCCGCAGUAAUGAGCAUUGUGGUUUCGUUAGAGGACGAGUCGGCCACCGUGAAGUACGACCCCGGCCUCAUCGGCAUCAGCGCCCUAAGAAGAGCCAUAGAAGCUGUGUCCCCAGGGACAUUCAGGGUCAGCCUUUUCGAUGGACACAAAAACAGAGAGCUGCUGCAUUCUCCCAAAUCUCCAGUGAAAUCUCCAAGGGUUGCCAACAGCUCUGCACACCAUCCCUUGAUGCACGUUACCAUGAUAAAUGUGGAAGGAAUGACUUGCCAUUCUUGCGUCCAGUCCAUUGAGGGAGUGAUAUCCCAAAAGCCAGGUGUGAAGUCAAUAUGCGUCUCACUUCAGAACUGUAAUGCAACUAUAGAAUAUGACCCCAUGCUGACAUCCCCAGAUGACUUAAGAAACUCCAUUGAGGACAUGGGUUUUGACGCUUCCUUAACAGUAUCGCCCAGCACAGAACCAGUGGUGCUCAUAACUCAGCCUUCCCAGGAAAGGAUGGCAGAAUCUCAGGAUAGUAAACUCCCCAAAAUGGAUGCCCGCUCCAAGCUGUCGCCCGUUCACGACAAGCAGGACAUGAAUGUCCCAUCGAAGUGCUACAUCCAGGUCACUGGCAUGACAUGCGCUUCUUGUGUGGCGAACAUUGAAAGGAAUCUGAAGAGAGAAGAUGGCAUCUGCUCCGUCCUUGUUGCCUUGAUGGCUGGGAAGGCAGAAGUGAGGUAUAAUCCUGCUGUCAUCCAGCCGCCAGCCGUAGCUGAACUGAUCAGAGAAUUGGGAUUUGGAGCCACCGUCCUGGAGAACUAUGAUCAAGGGGACGGGAUCCUGGAACUUGUGGUGAGAGGAAUGACAUGUGCCUCCUGUGUGCAUAAAAUAGAGUCCACACUUAUGAAGACAAAAGGUGUCCUGUACAGCUCAGUCGCUCUUGCUACAAACAAGGCACACAUUAAGUAUGACCCUGAGAUCAUUGGUCCUCGCAGCAUCAUUCGGGUGAUAGAGGAUUUGGGAUUUAAUGCUGCGUUGGUGAAGAAAGACCGAAGCGCCAGUCACUUGGAUCACAGGCAGGAAAUAAGGCAAUGGAAACGCUCCUUCCUUGUAAGCCUGUUCUUUUGCAUUCCUGUGAUGGGGCUCAUGAUCUACAUGAUGGUGGUGGACAGCCACAUGUCCUCCAUGCACAAGGCUGGAAAUCUGACCAAAGAAGAAAUGGAAGCCUACCAUUCGUCGAUGUUUCUGGAGCAACAGAUCCUUCCUGGGUUGUCUGUUAUGAAUUUGCUCUCCUUUCUGCUGUGUGUCCCUGUUCAGAUCUUUGGAGGCUGGCAUUUCUACAUCCAGGCUUACAAAGCCCUGAAGCAUAAGACGGCCAAUAUGGAUGUGCUGAUUGUGCUGGCAACCACCAUUGCCUUUGUCUACUCCCUUGUUGUUGUCCUGGUUGCGAUGGCCGAGAGAGCGAAGGUCAACCCCGUGACUUUCUUUGACACCCCACCUAUGCUCUUUGUAUUCAUUGCAUUGGGGCGAUGGCUGGAGCACAUAGCCAAGGGAAAGACCUCGGAGGCCCUUGCAAAGCUCAUUUCACUACAAGCCACAGAGGCAACUGUUGUGAUGUUAGGUCCAGACAACAUCCUGUUGAGUGAAGAGCAAGUAGAUGUUGAACUGGUUCAGCGGGGCGACAUUAUCAAAGUGGUCCCAGGGGGCAAGUUUCCCGUAGAUGGCCGUGUUAUUGAAGGGCAUUCUAUGGUGGAUGAGUCUCUCAUCACAGGAGAAGCGAUGCCCGUAACCAAAAAGCCUGGCAGCACCGUCAUUGCUGGCUCCAUUAACCAGAAUGGAUCCCUGCUGAUCUCUGCGACGCAUGUCGGGGCUGACACCACUCUUUCCCAGAUUGUCAAACUUGUGGAAGAAGCCCAAACCUCAAAGGCUCCGAUUCAGCAGUUUGCUGACAAAAUCAGUGGCUAUUUUGUUCCUUUUAUUGUUGGUGUUUCAGUGGUUACGCUGUUUGCCUGGAUCGUGAUUGGAUUUGUCGACUUCGAAAUUGUGGAAACUUACUUUCCCGGCUACAAUAAGAGCAUUUCCAAAGCGGAAGUGGUAAUCCGCUUUGCUUUCCAAGCCUCCAUUACGGUGCUGUGUAUUGCCUGCCCUUGUUCGUUGGGCUUAGCAACCCCCACAGCUGUGAUGGUGGGCACCGGUGUAGGAGCACAAAAUGGCAUCCUGAUCAAAGGCGGAGAACCGCUGGAGAUGGCACACAAGGUUAAAGUUGUGGUGUUUGACAAGACAGGGACUGUCACCCAUGGGACACCCGUGGUGAUGCAGGUGAAGAUGCUGGUUGAGGGUAACCGGAUGCCACGCAAUAAGAUCCUGGCAUUAGUGGGAACUGCGGAGAGCAACAGUGAGCAUCCUUUGGGGUCGGCUAUAACAAAAUACUGCAAACAGGAAUUGGACGCUGACACCCUUGGCACGUGUACAGAUUUCCAAGUAGUCCCUGGCUGUGGCAUCAGCUGUAAAGUCACCAAUAUUGAAGCUUUGCUCUACAGCAGGAAUGAGACUAUCGAAGAUAACAAUGCCAGGAAUGCCGCCCUUGUGAAUAUUGAUGACCAGGUUGGGGAGCAGAUGCAGCCAGCCUUGAUUAUUGACGAACGGUUGCCAGCCACAUGGAAUUCUCAGAAGUACUCUGUUCUCAUUGGAAACCGGGAAUGGAUGUCUAGAAACGGCCUCCAUGUCAAAAAUGAAGUCGAUCAGGCCAUGACUGAGCAUGAGCACCGAGGGCGCACUGCUGUCCUUGUGGCAGUGGAUGGUGAACUCUGUGGCUUGGUAGCCAUUGCUGAUACAGUGAAACCUGAAGCAGAGCUAGCCGUCCGUACUUUGAAGGCUAUGGGCUUGGAGGUUGUUCUGAUGACUGGUGACAACAGCAAAACGGCAAGGUCUAUUGCCUCUCAGGUUGGCAUCUCCAAAGUGUUUGCCGAAGUGCUCCCCUCCCACAAAGUGGCCAAAGUGAAGCAGCUGCAGGGCGAAGGGAAGCGGGUGGCCAUGGUGGGCGAUGGGAUCAACGACUCCCCUGCCCUUGCUAUGGCCAACGUGGGCAUCGCCAUUGGCACCGGCACAGAUGUGGCCAUUGAGGCGGCAGACGUGGUCUUGAUCAGGAACAAUUUGCUGGAUGUGGUGGCAAGUAUAGAUUUAUCCCGGAAGACUGUCAGAAGGAUACGAAUCAACUUUGUCUUUGCCCUCAUUUACAAUCUGGUUGGAGUUCCUGUGGCUGCUGGUGUUUUCCUUCCCAUUGGUUUGGUGCUACAGCCUUGGAUGGGCUCAGCAGCAAUGGCAGCCUCAUCCGUCUCUGUCGUCCUUUCCUCUCUGCUGCUCAAACUGUACAAGAAGCCUACUUCUGAGGAAUAUGAACACCGCGCCCGCAGCCAGGUGAGGCAGAAGAGCCCCUCGGAAAUCAGCGUCCACAUUGGGAUCGACGAGAGGGGUCCGGAGUCGCCCAAACUGAGCCUCAUGGACCGCAUUAUCAACUACAGCCGGAGCUCCAUCAACUCCCUCUUGUCGGACAAGCGCUCCCGCAGCAGCAUCGUCCUCAGCGACCCGGACAAGCACUCGCUUCUGGUGGGGGACUCCCGGGAGGAAGACGACACGACCCUCUGAAACGCGGGAAGGGCCAGGUCUCCCUCCAAGCACUGGUUUAUUCUGGAGGUUGACCUGGCUGGACUGGGAAUCAAAUUUAAAAGUUCUUCAGGUUUUAGUUACUCAGUUGACUAGGACAUGGGUCGGCAAGGGAGGCAUGUUUCAAGAGAGCGAGGAGUUUCUGCACUGUUUUGUUCAGCAUCCAGAAGCCAGAGCUUGCCAAGGGAGAGCGCAAGAGAGGAGAAUGCGCCGGAAGCCAAAUGCUGAGCCUUUGUGCUGAACUGUGUUUCAAAUGUUUUUCUCUGGUAAGGCACCCAGUUAAGGACACGCUUUGGAAUCUUGAAAGAGCAGCGCAUGGUUUCUAGGCCAUUUCUUCGCAUGUUGCGUGGCAUUUGUCGUUGGGUAGAAACCAUGACAUUUUCUGUUUUUCAAAACAGAUGUGCCUUACUGCUUAACAUUCAGGAUUUCCCUGCUUCAUAGUGUUUUAAGUACGAAAAUGGCAUUCCACCGACACAUGUCAGAAUAUCAAGUCUUUUCCUUGGAAAAGAGAGAAACCAUUCCCAUUAUUUAUGUCCUUUCCCCUCCGUUCGAACUGAGCAAUUGCAACACUCCUCUGAGGUCUUUGGUGAAAAGGCUCUUACCUCUCCCUUUCAUCCUUGGCCACACAACAAAGUUUUGUUUUGAGUUGUCAGGGCCACAAUUUCUGUUCCUUUUGCAACUUACAACUGUAUCUCUUUGCAGUUUCUCUCCAAGUAGUUGCGAAUCAAGAUGUGUUAAUGGUCAGGAGAUGUUUGUCUGAGACAGAUGGACCAUUGUGGACGUUUGGAAGGCUUUCCCCCCUCCAUUUCUUACAAGAUGCUUCUUUGGGUGUGCUUAUAAUAAGCAAUCCCAAGAGUUCUUUGGCUGUUUUCUCUUUGUGAUCAUCACAAAGGUCUCUUCUUUAGACCAUGUUUUCAUGCUGGUAAACUGAAACUUUCCCACUUUGCUCACUGCUGCUCCUGUAGUUGGUUCCCUGCCAUGCUAAGAAUGAUUGAUACUAACUUUGCUGCUAAGAUGGAUCUAUGCCAAGUACCUUUCUGCACUAACUGAUAUUCAUACUCAGUUCCACAUUUUGUGGCUGGAGCGUUUAAAUGGAGCAUCACAGGCUUUAAAACACAUGACUGAUUUGUGUUUAUAAGAAACAGCUCGAUGGGGAGUUAAAACUGUGGCCCACACACAGUUCUCUCACCAUGGUUGUGGAUUGGCGGAUGGGUGGGUUUUUGCCCUUACCUGUAAGGACAGGUAAUAGUGGUUGAAAUAAUGAAGUACAGAAUCCCUUUAUGCCAACAUUUCCCUUAAAGUUAAAGAAGCCAGGAAUCUAGCAGCACCAAAACCCAGGAGACACAGGGCUGUGGCUCCUAGCCUCGGCCACCUCCUAGCCGUUCUCUCACCCCAUUCCCUGACCCUUCAAUUUCGGAAGGUAGAUUUGAGGCUUAUGAAAAAUAAAACAAUAAAUCUAAUCACAUUUAUGGGACCUGUCAUAUCAGGGUACAUUCAAAUGUCAUUUAUGGCCACCAAACUCCCAUGGCAAUAACCAUUUUUUGCCCCAAAUGCCUCCUCCUCCCAAUGCUUUUUAGGAGCCAUGGGGGGCAUUUUAGUCCUUUUUUCAAAACAGGAACUGACCAGAACCCUAACCCCAACCCUAACCUAAAAUGACCUUAGGAGCCUCCAAAAACUUGACCCCUGAGGGCCACAAGGGGCAGGUUGCAGAGGGGACAUGGCAAAAAACGCAAGGUCCUCCCCUGGCAUGUUAGGCUAACACUGGGCUUAGCCUUCAAAACCCCCAAACCUAUGCAUUUUUCAUUUUGCUAUGGAAAAUGCUUAACGUCUGCCGCCCUCUUUAUCUAGAGCCAGAUCGCACAUGCCUAGGAAACGCAUGCUUUUUCAGCAUACGUUGCAAAGGGCCUUGGAGCAUGUUGGGUGUGCAGCUGCGGCUGGAAAGCUUAUCCUAAUCUCUUCUCUUUCACAUUGCACACACUUUUCCCCCCCAGUUUGUCCCAGUUGUAACCAUUAUAGUGAGAUGGAAUAUAGUAUUGUGUUUAAUCUCUACAAAACAGAAAUCAUGGAAGCAGAUGUAUUAUUUACUUUGACAGUUUUGUACUUCAAGUCAUUUCCUCCUGCCCCAAAUUUCUAGAUUAUGUUUAAGAUCGCUCCUUAGAAAAGGGCUGCAGAUUUUCAGUUUAAAUUUGCGUUAGAGGCUGUGAUGGAGUCGGUCAGUUCAAGUUAGGGGCAAUGGAGGUUGCCCUCUCAAUAGAUUGUAAUUAAUGUCUUUUAAUUGCCUGCCAGAAUCCUUUCAGUUACCCAUGCCAUGGAGGUCCAUUAACAUUACCUGACCGCUCAAAGAAAUUUGGCUUGCUUAAUAGAUUGAAUCAGUUCAGUUUUAACCACCUCAAAUAACUUCAUAAGCGAUGUCUUGUGAUCCAAGUGAAAUUCUCUUUGCACCGAAAUUAAGUGACAGUUUGGUGGAGACCCCCAGAUGCCCCUUCGCCAAAGGCAAAGCCUUGCUUUCUUUGUUUUUCAGGCUGGAAAUCAGUGAAAAUGGUUACCUUUGCCCUUGGCCCAUUCUAAAGGUAUAUUUGAGAUGGAAAAACAAAUCUAAUCACGUUUAUGAGGCAUGUCAUAUCAGGAUGCUUUCAAAUGUCAUUGAUGGAGUGUGCCUCGUUUUGAUCAGCCGAAUAGAGAAACGUAGCAUGAAGAACUUAACUUCACAGAUGUGUAUCUAGUGCCGAAAAUGUUGUCUUUCCCCAAAAUCUUCCCCCUUUUCUAGACGCGAUUCUCCAGGCUGUUUUUUUAAUAUCCGUCUUGGAUAACCUUGUGAAUAAUAUUUUAUACUCAGCUUUAAUUCAACAAACCAAAACGUCCUUUUUCUGUCUUAAAUGUCCGGUGGCCGUUUUAAAGGUAGCUGUGACCUUCCUGUAAAUAGGUUUGCUCCCUUUCUGGAGCAUGUUCUCUUUUCACAAGUUUUAAGUUAUAUGUUAAACCCGCUUCGAAACCUGACUGCGGAAAAGGCUAUGCAAGGCAUUGAAUUCUUAUUUAUUUUCCGCUCUUUGCCGCCGUUACGUUUAUGUUAGACUUUUGCUUUAUGAUUUGGUUGCCUCUAGUCCAUGAAGCAGAAGUCCCAGCCAUAACUAUGCGUAUAUUCUGUUUUCAUAUUCAGGAAACCUCCUUGAUAUUUUGUUUUGCAAAAGUAAAGAACGCCGUGCAAUAUUAGUUUAUAAAUCAUAAUCUUUUACAUUUUCUGAAUAUGCCACUGUCAUAAUCCUGUUGAGAACGUGCCUUCAGCGCUAUAAAAUGGUGUUGUGCAACAUUAAA